UGAAUAUGCUGGAUAUAUAAAAAAUUUGCGUAAUGCAGAUAACCAAGAUGAGUAUAUAAAAUAUACAGCAAUAACACUUUUCCCAAAUAAUGAUGCAUAUAAUAAAAGAAUAUCAAGAUAUAGAAAAUGGUAUCAAGGUAAAAAGGAACUACUUACCAGUAUAGAAGAUUUAUAUAAUCUUUAUUAUGAGCUAUCCAAAAAGGAUCAGCUUAUGACUGAAACAGAAAUUGAAGAAGCUAUUGAGGAUAUACUUAUAGAUGAGUAA